AUUUUAUCCUUCGACGUCCCUCUUCUCAAUAUAAAUAAAAUAUAUGUACAUUAUAUAUAAUAUAAGCUAUAAGUGAUAUGACACAAAUGAAAAGUGAAAGCUAUAUGUCAUCACAACAGCGAUUACUUCAGUCUUUGACUUUUUAUGUUUUAUUUUAAAUGAUAAUGGGCAACAAUAUUCGAUGCUUGUUGUGUCUUAAAUAUUAACUAUAAUUAUAAUAAUAAAUAAUGUUUGUAUGAUCUUUUUUAACAGUUAUGAUUGCGAAAUAAUUCAAAGCUUUCCAAGAUGAAGAAUUAUCGAUAAAUAGAUAGCCAGUUAUUAAGAAUUAGCUAUUAAGAUUAUGUUAAUUAUCGCAUAAAUAAUAAAUUUAAUUUAUGGAUAAUAUAUAUUUAAAAUACUUCCGUUUUGAUUGAUUUCUAUCAAUGGUAACCUUGGCCACUGUGGCGUUAUUUUCACAUUACCGUUAAUUGAGAUUAUCGAGUGAUGUUUCAUGAAGAUAUUAAUAUGUACAAUUAUCUUAGUUUCUUUCAGUAUUAAAUGUUUUUUUUUCUUUCAUAUCGUAUGCGUUAUCUUUAUAUAGGAUUAAAAUAAAAUACUGUUAUCAAUUCAUCGUCGUGGCAGACAGUCGUAUGUUGAUUCUUGUGAAAAAGUUAUUUUGUGAAAAACGCCGUUAAGAGAAAAUUAAUUAACACUUAAAAAUUCAGCUAUUAAUUAAUUAAAUAAUUAAUAAUACUGUUAAUAUAAAUCAUAAAAAAUAAUGUACGGUUUAUUGAGCAUAAACAAAAAAAUAAUAGUAAUUGCUAAGUAAACUUUCGUAUUACCUUGAUGAUUACUUCAAUGUCACACGAUUAUUUUUUUUUGUAUCAUUACAAAAAUUUAAUUCACGUUAAUAAAUCAAGUGUAUCAGUGUACUCGAUGAGUAAAUUAAAUAGCUUUUAUUGCUACUCACCAUUUAUUGUUAUUCAGAUUCAUUUUUAUUUCAAUAAAUUGUUGUUAAGUCGAAACUGAUACUUGGACUGAUUAUUCUUAAGUUUUGUUUUGUUUUUUAUUUUUUAACUGUUGUUGAUAAUUUUAACGACUAAAAUAUGCCUGGUACAUUGACUUGUCCGAUGUACGUUGGAGUUGAAAGGCCAGGUCAUCGUAGAAGAGCCAACACUUGGGAUUCUCGAAGUCGGAGAAGAUCUACUGUAACGCAUCAACAUGUUGCGCCACAACGACCUACUAGAUUAUCUCUCGCUGAAUUAAUUAAUGAUGAGUCCAUCAGAAGGCUGAGGUUGAGAGUGAUAGCGGGCCAUCAGCUGGCUAAGAAGGAUAUUUUUGGAGCCAGUGAUCCUUAUGUCAGGAUUGAUUUGUAUCCAAUCAACGGUCAUGAGACUGUCGACUCAGUACUUACUAAAACUAAGAAGAAAACACUUAAUCCUGUUUGGGAGGAAGAAUUUUUAUUCAGAGUUAAGCCAUCAGAACACAAGCUGGUGCUCCAAGUAUUCGAUGAAAAUAGACUAACACGAGAUGAUUUCCUGGGCAUGGUUGAGCUGAACCUGAUGAACUUGCCGAAGGAACAAAUCGGUAGAAGUAUUCCUACAAAACAAUAUAUUUUACGUCCACGCAGUCAUUCCAGUCAGAGACCCAAAAUAAAGGGUACUCUUGAACUAUACCACGCGUACGUCACGGAUGAUUCAGCAGCUGAAAAUGGUGACGGCGAUACUGCCUCUGAUUCUGGUGGAUGGGAAUUGCUAGACCAGCCGAGUCCGACUUCGAAUGACAGUCCAGUUCAACCGACCGCUGAACCAUCGACGAAUGGUCCACUACCAUCUGGCUGGGAAGAACGUCAAGACGCAAAUGGCAGAACUUAUUAUGUCAAUCAUAUAGCUAGAUAUACUCAGUGGGAGAGACCAACGACACUAAAUUCAGCGCCUGUUGGUGGAGUUACAAAUGAACAACGAAGCUUAGAUACAGCAGCAACUGAAUUCCAACGACGAUUUCAUAUUAGUGUCGAUGACGCUGAAAGUAGACAGCAUCGCAGCUCAACAAUUAGCCAGGAUCGGGAAUUAAAUCGUCAAGAAGAUGAUGGCAAUAACGGAGAGGAUGAUAGUGAGGAUUGGGAUGAGUCGGUCGGGGUGAGAGAUCGCGAGUCUUUAACGCGUCCCGGUGAAUCUACUUCGACGUCUUCUACCUCUGGCCAGUCGGUUGAUCACGACGGCUAUCUGGGAGAGUGCGACGAUCAGACUGAUGACAACGUUGAUAGCCCAGCUGGUUCAAGACGAUCUUCUGAACAGCCUGUGGACAGUUCUCAGCAUCCGAUUCCCAACGGCGAUGGACUACCUCCAGGCUGGUGUAUGCAGCUAGCUCCAAAUGGUCGUAUGUUUUUUAUCGACCACAAUGAACGCGCUACGACGUGGGUCGACCCAAGGACAGGAAGACCGAGUCCAAUGCCUAAUCAUAAUGUGCCUUCGGCCACUUCUCGAAGUGAUCUAGACCAGCUGGGACCGCUUCCAGAGGGCUGGGAAGAACGUGUACAUACUGAUGGACGGAUUUUCUUCAUUGAUCACAAUACACGGACAACACAAUGGGAAGAUCCUCGUAUGUCUAAUCCUCAGAUAGCUGGACCUGCGGUACCUUACUCGAGAGAUUACAAGCUGAAAUACGAAUAUUUAAAGUCGCAAUUGAGGAAACCUAGCAAUGUACCAAAUAAAUUUGAGAUAAAAGUUGCGCGCAAUAAUAUUUUGGAGGACUCGUAUCGUAUUAUAAGCUCGGUAAACAGAGUUGAGAUAUUAAAGACAAAGCUCUGGGUUGAGUUCGAAAGUGAAGUAGGAUUGGAUUACGGUGGAUUAGCACGUGAAUGGUUUUUCCUAUUAUCAAAAGAAAUGUUUAAUCCGUAUUACGGCUUAUUUGAAUACUCAGCUAUGGAUAAUUAUACGCUUCAAAUAAAUCCUUUUUCGGGUGUGUGCAAUGAGGAACAUUUAAAUUAUUUUAAAUUUAUUGGGCGUAUUGCCGGGAUGGCAGUUUAUCAUGGAAAACUUUUGGAUGCAUUCUUUAUAAGACCAUUUUAUAAAAUGAUGCUGGCCAAAACAAUAGACCUGAAAGAUAUGGAGAGUGUUGAUUCAGAAUAUUACAACUCGUUAUUGUGGAUAAAAGAAAAUGAUCCAACUGAAUUGGAGUUGACGUUUUGCGUCGACGAAGAGAGCUUUGGUCACACGUCUCAACGGGAAUUGAAAUCAAACGGAGCAAACGUACCGGUGACAGAUGAAAACAAAGAUGAGUAUAUAAGUCUUGUAAUACAGUGGCGAUUUGUGUCACGUGUACAGGAUCAAAUGAACGCAUUUUUAGAGGGCUUUAACGCUCUAGUGCCAUUGACACUUGUUAAAAUAUUUGAUGAGCACGAAUUGGAGCUGUUAAUGUGCGGUAUUCAGCAUAUUGACGUUAAAGAUUGGAAAAAAAAUACAUUAUAUAAGGGUGACUAUCAUGCGAAUCAUAUUGUGGUGCAAUGGUUUUGGCGUGUUGUACUAUCGUUCAACAAUGAAAUGCGAGCUAGAUUGCUGCAAUUUGUCACCGGUACAUCGCGUGUACCCAUGAAUGGCUUCAAAGAGUUAUAUGGCAGUAACGGACCGCAAUUAUUUACUAUCGAGAAAUGGGGAACACCUGAAAACUAUCCACGAGCUCACACAUGUUUUAAUCGAAUUGAUUUACCGCCUUACGAGAGUUACCAACAGCUCAGGGAUAAAUUGAUCAAGGCUAUCGAGGGAUCACAAGGUUUUGCUGGAGUUGAUUAGCGCGAGAUACCAUUUUUUAUGAUUAUACCUGUAAUAUAAUGUAUAUUUAUGCAUAUAGAUAUUAUAUUAAAUUCAAUACGUAUUGUUUUUAAUCGCUUUAAAAAAGUUAUAAGUUAAUUAACACUUAUUAUUAUCAUUAAUAUUUUAUUAUAACUAUUAUCACAAAAUGUUAGGUGAUAACUUUCAUUUUGUUAAUUGAUAUUUUUUUGUCUUAUAUUUUUAUGCUAUUUGCACUUUUAAAUAUUUUAUAACAUGCCGAUUGGGAAGUGAAAUUUAAUUUCAGCGCUCAUCUUGGCAAAUCAGCGAUUAAAACAGCAGCAUUCCGGAUUUAAAUUUUUUUAAAUAAUAUAUACAUUUUAAUAAUAUAAUAUUAAUAUAAAUAUAUAUAUUUUAUUGAUGUAAGGUGAAAUAUUAAUAGUCACAAAAAAAAAAACAUUUUAUUAUUAAUAAUGACUUUUAUUAUCUUAUGCUAGUGAUUUAAUGCACUUCAAGAACUUGCUAUUGCUAAAGUGAAAAAAAAAAAAAAAAAACAAUUAUAAUAAUAAUGUACAUAUCUUUGUAAUAUGAUGGCUUGAUUUUUCGAUAGGCAAAUUACAAUAAAAAAAUGUAAUUGGUUAAUUUUAA